AUGAGCACGAAAAUAUUCAAGAUACUUUCUGAGUUGGCUUCUUUGAAUUCGCCUCAAUUGAUAUACAGUUAUAGAAUUCGUCCCCUAUACAGAUUUGGAUCUCUAAGUUUAUCUGCAGUGCUUCUCACGUAUGGGGUUUCGUUUCUGGAUGUUUUCAAGCUAUCUGCCACUCAACGUUACAGAGAAAGUGCCUCUAAUGAGAAGAGUAAUGUUUGGUUAAUACUGAAAACAUUUGGUCCUAUACCAUUGGCAGCACUCCCCUUCAUACUUUCAGCUGGUACCCUAUACAUCUUUUCCAGGGUCGUGACUGGAGUUACAUACAUCCCACAUACGAAUAAACCACCGAGCUGUGAACUGACAAGAAGGUCUGCAUUAUUUGCACGGCCGAUACGAGAGGUUCGACAAUUGGGCCAUAUAACAAGGGCUAAAAAUGUCAAAAUUUAUACAGGUCAGGGCCCCCAGGGAAUAGAUGAUAAGGCAACAUUUUCGUUUUUUUUAAUCGACAGAAGUCCCAAUUUGAAGAAUUUCUUUAGUAGGUUUUACAUUCUUCCUCGUUCAGGUUCAGUCUGGAAAUCAGAUGGAAGGUUGUUAGUAGCUCUGUUUGGAGAAGAUGGUUCAGAGAAGGGUGAUGUUGCUGCUCGAAAAAUGGAUCAUAAAAGUAACGAAAUAAUAUUCGAAGAAGUACGUAAACUGAAUGGGAAGAAAACCUUAUUUCAUACUCACUCCAAGAAAAAACCUACAGCAGUUAAAAAUAUUGUAAAUAAACUUGUAAAUAAAUAA